AGGGAAUAUAGGCUCAAAAGGAUUUGGAGAGAUAUGCAACCAAACACUGUAGUCCAACGAAACAAUGGGCCAGGACCGGGAGUCGUCAUUAUCGGAGAGAUGUCGGUGGCAUGAAAUCGCGGCCCCACAAACACUCCUCACUCCUUAUAUACGUAUACAUAUACGUAUCUCACUCAUAAUUUGUAGGAGUAUAUGAUGAUGAUGAUGAUGAUAAUGUACGCUGACCAGUGAUUGAGCCCUCCUUUUCUUUGCUUGAUUGAUUGAUUCCAGGCAUUAUUUUCCAUCUUUAUAUAGAGCAUUCCCACAUCCAUUAAGCAAUCAUUUGCUUUGCUGCGAUUUGCUUCUUGAAUCUCGCUCAACCUUUUUGCCAUUACCAGUAGCUCACUUCACACGCAUAUUGAAGAAGGCGAGAGAAUAUAGGGAGUGGAGUGUCGGAUCUGAAGAAAUGGCGGUGGAUCCGAGACAGCUGGUGGCGGGAGUUUUGACUAUCGCCAUGUUCGUCAUGCUCGGCAAUAUGAUCAAGAGAGACCACUUCGACCCUGCUCCGGCGGGCAUACAUGGCACUAGCAAAACCUCAGAACUGUCACUUCCUGGGGGAGAUGGGCCUUGGAAAAGUGAUGGUGUAUCCCUUAAACCAUGCUGGACUAAACCAGUUUCAGAGGACGAAGACCAAUCUCAAGGAUAUCUGACCUUCUCAUUGACAAAUGGUCCUGAGUAUCACAUCUCACAGAUUGCUGAUGCAGUAGUAGUUGCUAAAUAUCUGCGUGCAACUCUUGUACUCCCAGAUGUCAGGGGAAGCGAUCCCAGUGAUAAAAGGAACUUUGAAGAUAUAUACAGUGUCGAGAAGUUUGUAAAAAGCCUUGAUGGAGUGGUCAAAGUAGCCACAUCUCCACCCGCAGGCAUCUCUGCAAGAAACCUUGCUGUGGUGAAGGUUCCUAGUCGGGUUACUGAAGAAGAAAUUGCAGAAAAUAUUGAGCCGGUUUUCAGAGAGAAGGGAAACAUAAGACUAGUGACUUACUUCCCUUCAAUGAAUAUGAAGAAAAGUUCAGAAGAGAAAAGCACUGAUUCAAUUGCUUGUCUGGCCAUGUUUGGGACUUUAGAACUCCAACCUGAUGUUAGUGAAGUGGUUGACUCAAUGGUCGAGAGAUUAAGAACGUUGAGUCAGAAGUCUAGUGGACAGUUUGUGGCUGUCGAUCUAAGGGUAGAUAUUCUGGAGAAAAGAAGUUGCCAAGGAAAUGGGUCCCCUGGAUCAAAGAGCUGCUACAGCCCUCAGGAGAUUGCAGUUUUUUUGACAAAACUGGGGUUUAAUAGGGACACAACUAUAUAUUUGACACAAUCCCGGUGGGACAGCAGCCUUGAUUCAUUGAAGGAGCUAUUCCCAAAAACAUACACCAAGGAAAGCAUAAUGCCAAUAGAUAAAAAGGCAAAGUUUCUGGACUCAGAUGCUGCCGAGCUAGAGAAGGUAAUUGACUUGUACAUAUGCUCAGAGAGCGAUGUGUUUGUGCCAGCCAUCUCAGGCUUAUUCUAUGCAAAUGUUGCCGGUAAGAGAAUCUCUUAUGGAAAGACUCGGAUUCUUGUUCCAGCAGCUGUUUCUUCUUCUGGAUCUUCUUCGACCAAUUACAUUUCCCACUACGUCUCCGAAAAGAACCACUUUGCAUAUUCAUGUUUCUGCUAGGGUCAUUGCCUGAAACUGUAAACCCAUCCCCCGUUUUCAUAGAAAAAAGCGCCACGAAAGAUUCACAUUUCUUCAUAGAAGAGGACGGUCAGGUUUGGCUGUAGAAUCUCCCAUCAUAUAUCUCUUUUAUUUUUUUUUCUUCUGUACGUUGUGGAAGAUGAUAAAGAUUUGAACAAACCGCCACUUGUGCGGAAUUUCAUGUGAUGUAAUUUAAUGUAAUACGAAGUGUUUUAUUUAUCCUAUGCAUCCCAAAUUGGAACAA